CAGCUGGACGUACCUCAGUUGUCCCCAUCAUCAUGGAGACCCAAAAGGAUGAAGCUGCUCAGGCCAAGGGAGCUGCAGCCUCUGGGAGUACCCGUGAACAAACAGCAGAAAAAGGAGCCAAGAACAAGGCAGCUGAGACGACAGAAGGACCAACCUCAGAACCAUCCUCAUCCGGCCCAGGUAGGCUGAAGAAAACUGCCAUGAAACUCUUUGGUGGCAAGAAGGGUAUCUGUACUCUGCCUAGUUUCUUUGGAGGGGGACGGAGCAAAGGUUGUGGGAAAGGCAGCUCCAAGAAAGGUCUCAGCAAGAGCAAGACCCACGAUGGCCUGAGUGAAGCAGCCCAUGGCCCUGAAGAUGUUGUCAGUGAAGGAACUGGCUUCUCCCUGCCUUUGCCUGAGUUACCCUGCCGAUUUCCCAGCUCUCAGAGUGCCCAUGGGGCUUUGGAGACAGGCUCCAGAUGUAAGACAUCUGUGGCUGGAGCCACAGAGAAAGCUGUGGCUGAGAAGUUUCCCUCUAUGCCCAAGCCAAAGAAAGGCCUAAAAGGCUUUUUUAGCAGUAUCCGCCGUCACCGGAAGAGCAAGGUCACUGGGGCUGAGCAAAGUAACCCAGGGGCCAAGGGGCCUGAGAGGGUCAGAGCCAGGCCUCAUGAGCAUGUGAGCUCAGCCCCUCAAGUGCCCUGCUUUGAGGAGAACUUCCAAGCCCCUAGAAAGGAAAAUGCUAACCCCCAAGAUGCCCCUGGGCCAAAAGUUUCUCCAACACCAGAGCCUUCUCCACCAGCUACUGAGAAAAUGGCCUGUAAAGAUCCAGAAAAACCCAUGGAGGCCUGUGCCUCAGCACAUGUGCAACCCAAGCCUGCCCCUGAAGCCAGUAGCCUAGAGGAGCCCCAUAGCCCAGAAACAGGGGAGAAGGUAGUAGCAGGAGAGGUAAACCCACCCAAUGGCCCUGUGGGGGACCCACUGAGCCUCUUGUUUGGGGAUGUGACAUCCCUGAAAAGCUUUGAUUCAUUGACAGGUUGCGGUGACAUAAUAGCAGAACAGGACAUGGACAGUAUGACAGACAGCAUGGCCUCUGGGGGCCAGAGAGCAAACCGAGAUGGGACCAAGCGAAGUUCCUGCCUGGUGACCUACCAAGGAGGUGGGGAGGAGAUGGCCUUGCCAGAUGAUGAUGACGAGGAGGAAGAAGAAGAGGAAGAAGAGGUGGAAUUAGAGGAGGAAGAAGAGGAGGUUAAGGAGGAGGAAGAAGAUGAUGACUUAGAAUAUCUGUGGGAAACUGCCCAGAUGUAUCCAAGGCCUAAUAUGAACCUGGGCUACCAUCCCACCACAUCCCCAGGCCACCACGGCUACAUGCUCCUUGACCCAGUUAGGUCUUAUCCUGGCCUAGCCCCUGGGGAACUUUUGACUCCUCAGAGUGACCAGCAAGAAUCUGCCCCCAAUAGUGAUGAAGGUUAUUAUGACUCCACCACACCUGGAUUUGAGGAUGAUUCAGGUGAGGCCCUGGGGCUUGUCCACAGGGAUUGUCUACCCCGAGACAGCUACAGUGGAGAUGCCCUAUAUGAGUUCUAUGAGCCAGAUGACAGCCUUGAGAACUCUCCACCUGGAGAUGACUGCCUUUAUGACCUCCAUGGUCGAAGCUCUGAGAUGUUUGACCCCUUCUUAAACUUUGAGCCCUUUUCUUCCUCCCGGCCACCUGGGGCAAUGGAGACAGAGGAAGAACGGCUAGUGACCAUCCAGAAACAGUUGUUGUAUUGGGAGCUUCGGCGGGAGCAGCUUGAGGCCCAGGAGGCACGUGCCCGAGAAGCUCAUGCCAGGGAGGCCCACGCCAGGGAGGCCUAUACUCGAGAGGCUUAUGGCAGGGAAGCCUGUGCCAGGGAGGCCCACACUUGGGAAGCUCAUGGCAGGGAGGCCAGAACCCGAGAAGCCCAGACACGAGAGGCUCGUUCUAGAGAGACUCAAGUCCGAGAGGCCCAGGCCCGGCAGGAGAAGCCCAUCUUAGAGUAUCAGAUGAGGCCCUUAGGCCCAUCAGUGAUGGGCCUGGCAGCAGGGGUAUCAGGGACCUCUCACAUUUCCCACCGGGGAAUUACCUCAGCUUUCCCCACCACUGCAAGCAGCGAGCCAGACUGGAGGGACUUCCGUCCUCUGGAGAAGCGUUAUGAAGGAACCUGCUCCAAGAAAGAUCAAAGUACCUGCCUGAUGCAGCUCUUCCAGAGUGAUGCCAUGUUUGAGCCAGACAUGCAAGAAGCAAAUUUUGGAGGAUCUCCCAGGAGGGCCUACCCUACUUAUUCACCCCCUGAAGAUCCAGAGGAAGAGGAGGUUGAGAAGGAAGGGAAUGCCACUGUGAGUUUCUCACAGGCCCUGGUAGAGUUCACCAGCAAUGGGAACCUCUUUUCCAGCAUGUCCUGCAGCUCUGACUCUGACUCAUCUUUCACUCAAAACCUCCCUGAGCUGCCUCCCAUGGUGACCUUUGACAUCGCUGAUGUGGAAGGGGAUGGGGAAGGCAAGUGUGAAGAGAAUCCUGAGUUCCACAAUGAUGAAGAUCUUGCAGCCUCCUUGGAAGCCUUUGAGCUGGGCUACUAUCACAAACAUGCCUUCAACAACUACCAUAGUCGAUUCUACCAAGGCCUGCCCUGGGGUGUGAGCAGCCUCCCUCGAUACUUGGGACUGCCUGGCCUGCACCCUCGACCUCCACCUGCUGCUAUGGCCCUCAACAGGAGAAGCCGCUCUCUCGACACUGCAGAGACCCUGGAGAUGGAGCUCUCCAAUUCCCACUUGGCCCAGGGCUACCUCGAGUCUGAUGAGCUGCAGGCCCAGCAGGAAGAUUCAGAUGAAGAGGACGAAGAGGAGGAAGAAGGAGAAUGGAGCCGAGACAGUCCCCUUUCCCUCUAUACUGAACCCCCAGGGGCCUACGAUUGGCCUGCUUGGGCUCCCUGUCCUCUUCCAGUGGGACCAGGUCCUGCCUGGAUAAGCCCCAACCAGUUGGACAGGCCUUCCAGCCAGUCUCCAUAUAGGCAGGCAACCUGUUGCAUACCUCCUAUGACCACGUCAAUAUCACUAUCAGUGCCAGAGUCAAGGGCACCUGGGGAAUCUGGGCCUCAGCUAGCUCGUCCUUCACACCUACACCUGCCCAUGGGCCCUUGCUAUAACCUCCAGCCACAGGCCUCCCAGAGUGUGAGGGCCAGGCCUCGAGAUGUGCUGCUGCCUGUUGAUGAGCCCAGUUGCUCUUCCAGUUCUGGAGGCUUCAGCCCCAGCCCUCUACCACAGGCCAAGCCUGUGGGCAUCACCCAUGGCAUUCCUCAGCUGCCCAGGGUCCGGCCUGAGCACCCCCAGCCUCAGCCCACUCACUAUGGGCCUUCCAGCCUUGACCUGUCAAAGGAGAGGGCCGAGCAAGGUGCCUCUCUUGCCACCAGCUACUCCUCCACUGCCAUGAAUGGAAACCUAGCCAAGUAGUUAUCAUCGAUUCUGGAGUAGG